AUGGAAAACAAUUUUGAAGCUGGUGACACUCUAAACAAGUUGCUAGCUAGUUUAAAGAAAUUUAAGAAUUUGACAGCGCCGACUAGGCAUAAAAAGAUUAAAGCGGUAUACGAUCUAUUACGAGAAAUCAAGCAGAUAACAGUAACCGCUGAAGGAACCGCCGACUAUAUUGUCAUUAGAAAAAGAUACAAAAAAUUAAAAACAAUAGCCAUUGAGUGUUUGACCUUGUUAAAGGGAGACUUAAAUUUAACGGUUACAGAAAACGACCCAAGAGACAUAGGAGACGAAGACGACGACAAAGAAAUCUUGGUUGACAACGUGGAUGUCCUACGAGCUGAUGACCCGGAAGUACCGGAAGUCAGCUUUGUUACCUUUCUCAAAUCCCGAUUAGUGGGCGCUGCACGCGGAUCCCUCGAAGGCGUUCAAACCCUUGCGGUAGCGAAAGCCACACUUAAAGAGAAGUUUGCUGUCCAGCUCACCCCCAUAGCGGUGGAGGCUGAAUUGCGAUCGUUAAAGCAGAGGAGUGGUAGAACUGUUACCGAAUUUGGCAGUGAAAUUGAAAAACUAGCCACGAAACUGGCAGCUGCAUGGGUUUCCAAAGGCCCCCCAUUUACUACCGAAGCUUCCGCUAGGCCAGUGGUGGAGCCUAUAGCCGUACACACCUUUAUGAAUGGUUAUUGCAAUAACAACCAUGGUUACGAUAACCACAACCCUGGAUAUUUUAAUAACAAUCAAGGAUACAAUUAUAAUAAUCGAAGCAAUCGACGUAACUUCAACAAUAACCACAACAAUCCUAAUAAUAACUAUCCUAAUAAUAACUACCAAAAUAAUAAUAACAACAAUAACAAUGGAAACAAUGCUCCUCGGAAUAACAACAACCUCAACAAUAAUAAUAAUCCCCAGAGACGAAAUGCAAAUGUGGCGGAGGAACCAUAA